AUGAGUUCCGCGCAGCAACCCUCGCCGCCUGCGCUGCAGCGGUCGGAAUUCGGCGUGAGCGGCACAACAUCCGGCGAUAGUACCCGCAACAGUCAGCUGGAGACGUUUUUGCGAGAGCGGCUCGAGAACUGGGAUAAAGAGGCCGCCAAAGUCAUCAUGGUGUGGGGUCGAUUGGGUGGCAUGUGCUCAUCUGAGUAUCAGUCCCAGCUACGCAAGGCGCGAACGACGUUGAGCGAGACGAACGAAAAGGAGAAGCGGUGCGGCACGUCGGCGCUGCAGGCGCGCGAUGAUUCGCAUACAGAUGGUCAUCAGAGCCAUCGCGAUCGCCUUGCCGCUGAAUACUGGGAUCGUACGCCGUCAAAGCUGAAUGCCGCUCAACAGCAGCGUGACCGGCAGCUUCGGUGCCAGCAGCGGCUGCAAGCGAACGGGCAGGCCGCUGUCGGCCUCUCCUCUGCGUCUCAGAUCACGCCACCGGUGUUCUCUGGGCAAGUGCGUGCCCUGACAGCCGCGUCGACCUCCAUUUCGCCGCAGCUAACCGCUGCGCGGGGCCAGCACGUGCCUCUCGCACCAGCACCGCCCACUAGUCCUCCUUGCAGCUCCAGACUCGCCAGCGGAGGCGGCGUCGCGCAGCGUGGGGCACCACGCGUGCGCAAGGUGAAGCAAGAGGCAGAGAACAGCGAAGAAAGCCAGAAGCACAAGGAGCUCACUGUGCCUCUGAAUGAGCGUAGCAACUUCACUCUCUCGGGUGCCGGCAGUGACGGCAGUGACGGCAGCAGCAGUCUGAUCCUCUCGACAACAGACGAACAGCAAGUCAGUGCGACGGCGUCGACCCCCACCGCGGCGACGUCGCAGCCGAGCAGCUCUUUCUCCGGCACCUUCAUUGUGCGGCGGCGGCUGAGUGUGCACGGCCAACCCUCCGCCUCUUCUACAGUUGCGUUCCAACACACAGUUCAACGUAGUCAUUCAAUGACAAGCAGCCCACGGUCAGUCGCUACACCUCCGUCGCAGCCGACUCGCCAAACUUCUCAGCGCAGGUCUUCGACUAACUCCGACGCGACGCGAGAGGACCGUGCCGAUGACAAGGGAGCCGCGCCGUCACCUGCUUCUACGGUCGACCCGUCGCUGCUGUUUCACUCACGCACCGUAACGGCCAUCUCUACCUACAGCUCCCGCUCGCGUGAGAAAGCGUUGGGGCUGUGCCGGCGACGCAGCACUCAAGAGCGACGCUUCGACAGCUCCACGCACUCGGAGCGACCUCGCGGUGAACCAGAUGCGGACACGCAGGAGAGCGCCGCAAACGCUCGGUCGCAGACCAUCUCCCCCAUCAAAAAAGAUUCACACGCAGAUGAUCUCUCUUCCGCCUCCUCGGCAGCGUCGUACCUGAAUUGA